UUUACCUUUCCGAAUUCAAGGGUAUAAAACUUACAUGAAAUGUUAUUAGAAAUGGAUCAGCAACAGGCGACCGUACAGUUUAUAUCGUCGCUGAAUAUAUCGCCGUUCAGCAUGCAACUGGAGCAGCAGCAGCCCUCCAGUCCAGCUUUGGCCACGGGUGGCAACACCAACAACAACAACAAUAGUGGCAAUACCAACAACAACAACAAUACCAACACCAGCAGCAGCAACAACAACAAUAAUAACAACAACAAUGAUAAUGUCUUGACCAAAUUCGAGCAUGAAUAUAAUGCGUAUACGUUGCAAUUGGCGGGAAGUAACAGUGGUGGAAAUCAACAACACCACAAUGCACACCACCAGCAACAGCAACAACAACAGCAGCAGCAACACCAACAUCAACAACAACAACAGCAGGAGCACUAUCAACAACAACAACAACAGAAUAUAGCCAACAAUGCCAAUCAAUUCAAUGCGUCAUCCUACUCGUAUAUAUACAAUUUCGAUUCACAGUAUAUAUUUCCGACAGGCUAUCAGGACACCACCUCCUCGCAUUCCCAACAAAGUGCUGGCGGCGGUGGCGGAGGUGGCGGUGGCAAUGGUGGCAACCUCCUCAACGGCAGCUCCGGCGGCUCAUCCGUCGGCGGUGGCUAUAUGCUCCUCCCCCAAGCGGCCAGCUCCAGUGGCAAUAAUAAUAACACUGGCGGCGGUGGUCACAUGUCCUCCGGUUCGGUGGGCAAUGGCGGUGGCAAUGGUGGAGGCGGCGGCGGCGGCGGCGGAGGAGCUGGUGGCAACUCUGGCGGUCCCGGUAACUCGAUGGGCGGAACAAGUGCCACGCCAGGACAUGGCGGUGAAGUGAUCGACUUUAAGCAUUUGUUCGAGGAACUGUGCCCCGUUUGCGGUGACAAGGUCAGUGGCUAUCACUAUGGCCUGCUCACCUGCGAGUCCUGCAAGGGUUUCUUCAAGCGGACCGUGCAGAAUAAGAAGGUCUAUACCUGUGUGGCGGAACGAUCCUGCCACAUUGACAAGACGCAGCGGAAGCGGUGUCCUUACUGCAGGUUCCAGAAGUGCCUCGAAGUCGGCAUGAAAUUGGAGGCUGUUCGAGCGGAUCGAAUGCGGGGUGGCAGGAACAAAUUUGGACCGAUGUACAAACGAGAUCGGGCGCGGAAGCUGCAAGUGAUGAGGCAACGACAGUUGGCACUCCAAGCGCUUCGCAACUCAAUGGGUCCGGAUAUAAAGCCAACGCCGAUCUCGCCGGGCUACCAGCAAGCAUAUCCAAAUAUGAACAUUAAGCAGGAAAUUCAAAUACCUCAGGUAUCCUCACUCACCCAAUCGCCGGACUCAUCGCCCAGUCCCAUUGCCAUUGCGCUGGGACAGGUGAAUGCCAGCACGGGCGGUGUGAUAACCACGCCCAUGAAUGCCGGCAACGGUGGCAGUGGCAACAGUGGCAAUGGUGGGGGUCUCAAUGGUCCCAAUUCCGUGGGCAAUGGCAAUAGCAGCAACGGCAGCAGCAGCAGUACCGGUGGCGGCAAUAACAAUGGCAGCAGCACGGGCAAUGGAGCGUCCGCCGGUGGUGGAGGAGGAGGAGGUGGCGGCGGCGGCAACAAUGCAGGCGGCGGGGGAGGAGGCGGCGGUGGCGGCAAUAACUCCGGAGAUGGCCUGCAUCGUAAUGGUGGCCACGAGGCUGGAAUUGGAUCUCUGCAGAAUACGGCCGACUCGAAAUUGUGCUUUGAUUCCGGCACACAUCCAUCGAGCACAGCCGAUGCGCUUAUUGAGCCAUUAAGAGUCUCACCAAUGAUUCGUGAAUUUGUGCAAUCAAUCGACGAUCGGGAAUGGCAGACGCAAUUGUUUGCUUUGCUGCAAAAGCAGACCUACAACCAGGUGGAAGUGGAUCUCUUCGAGCUAAUGUGCAAAGUGCUCGACCAGAACUUGUUCUCGCAAGUGGACUGGGCACGGAAUACGGUCUUCUUCAAGGACCUCAAGGUCGAUGAUCAAAUGAAGCUACUGCAGCAUUCGUGGUCAGACAUGUUGGUCCUGGAUCACCUGCAUCAUCGCAUUCACAAUGGCCUGCCCGAUGAGACGCAGCUGAAUAAUGGUCAGGUCUUCAAUCUGCUCAGUCUGGGCUUUGGUGUACCACAAUUGGGCGAUUAUUUCAACGAGCUGCAGAAUAAGCUGCAAGAUUUGAAAUUCGAUAUGGGCGACUAUGUCUGCAUGAAAUUCCUAAUCCUCUUGAAUCCAAAUGUGCGGGGUAUUGUCAACCGGAAGACUGUUUGAGGACAUGAUAAUGUGCAAGCCGCUUUGCUGGACUACACCCUCACCUGUUAUCCGUCAGUUAAUGACAAAUUCAGUAGGCUAGUGAACAUCUUACCGGAAAUCCAUGCCAUGGCCGCACGCGGUGAGGAGCAUCUAUACUCCAAGCAUUGUGCCGGCAGUGCACCAACAACGCUGCUCAUGGAGAUGCUACACGCCAAGCGGAAGGUGUAGAAUAUUGGGGAAACCUCAACAUAUGACACGGAA